AUCAUAGUGCCGGUAUGGUCUGAUAAUGGUGGGAAUAGGCAUAAUACAGUUAUACUCAAAUCUUGAUGAGGCAUCUAUUUUCGAUGUACAGUAGUUUUACAUAUUGUCACCAUGUUAAGCAUUUGUUGUGGGUAUUUUGAAACGAAGUCAGAAGUAUCUAAGAGUAUUAAAAAUGUAAAGACUAAAGAAAUAACGAUAAAGGUGGAGGAGACCGUUAGUACCUGAGGUUAGGUUAGGUCAACUAAUAGGUUCUGUGCAUUCUCGCUUCCAUUUUUGUGAUCAGUAUCAUGUAAAUAGUAUCUCGGUUUGUGUUCAAUUCCUUAAGUUAUUUCUUGUCUAACGGUCUCAUCCGCCUUUAUCCACACAGCGCGGUUGCAAUUUUUGAUUGGAGGUUUAAUGUAAUGCUUGUAUAUACACAUUAUUAUUGACCUCAACUGUGGGGUUUGAAUCUGGGCCCACAGGAUGGGAAACAGGAACGCUACCUGGGGCCUUUUUUUUUUUAGUGGUAAGUGGAGCCUCUCCCUCAGAAUCAGUAGUAGUGCUAAAGUUCAGAUUUGCUCCGCAAGGGGGCUGAGGUGCUGGUGAGCACCCUGUUGGCUCCUGGGAAAGUGACCGGCGCAGAGAGUGUAUGCGUGAGGCGAAUCUGAAAUCUGAAUCCGAUGGUCUGCCCGACUCAACUACCACUGGGGAUUUCGUCCCACGGUGGCUAGGACUCUUUGGGAAUCGAAAUCAUGUAGAAAUGCCUGGUUGUCUUGAAUGUUUCACAAUUGGUAAGAAUUGUCUUAGAAAGUGCAGGGGGAGAACUAUUCAAGACCAUGGCAAGUUGUAGAUUGUCAUCGUAGCUGUUUUCGUGUAGGGAUGACCUUGGGUCAAGUCAGCUCCAUCCACGAGACCAGGGUUCAGAAGUCAGGUGACUAACUUUCUCUCUUGGGAAUACUCGCCAACCUUCCGCACUCUGAGUGCGGCCUAUAUUGUCUCAUUAGCUCCGGUGUGAGCCCAGCACACCUGGCGAGAACCUUAUUACGAUGCCUCCGUCGUCACGUGGUGGUUACGCUUUCAUGAUGUAUUCCUUCUAUCAUCAUAAACUUGACAAUCGUGCACCCACAUUUCUGUGGUGUACUAGUAAUGGAAUCUUCAGUAUUAUAAGCUAACCACUUGAGCCCAGAAUACGGACAAGAAAGGUGAUUGCACUUUUGUCCAACAAAGAACAAUAACACUCAAUAAUUCGAUGGUCGUAUCUCCUAACUUCGACCCAGUACCUGGUAACGGAACUAGGGACAACUCCCGUCCCAGAACCAGCACACUGGCAGUACAGAACCUGCUAAUUGUGGGAAUGGUCUUAUCAGUGAGGGACAGGCAUGAAGCGAUAGUCUUAUGUACUGUAGUAGAAGGCGGAGUCAGUACAGUACUCAGUAGGUGGGCAUCCACCGUAGUGUGCAUACCCCUCCGGGCCCACUGCUGAAUCUCUCGUGCUCAACUCCUCACGCUCAAGAGUUCCCUGCUAAUCACACGUACUCAGUGUUGAGUAUGGAACAGCUACACCGGACCUUACUGUGGGUAGAGGAGGAGGUGGAGAGACAGGUGCAUGGGUACCAGAAAUGGCAGAUCGUGGCCGCCACAGCUGCCAUCACACUGACCACCCUCGCAGCUAAGGAUCUCGUCAGCAACAGGGAAGACGUGUAUGAGAGCAUCAAGAACUGGGUGUUCAGGACGGGUCGCUCCAUCCCGGCCGUCAAGCGGAGGAUAGCAGAGUCCCUUGAUAACUCCCGUAAAGAUCUAGAGAAAAGCAUGUUUGAGGACAAUGGAUUGCUCAGUGUCCAGCCACCACUGAAGACACUGCCACCCACUGGCUGGACCAGGGAGCAAGUACUGCAGGAGGCCAGCAACAUACUCAGAGAAGGCAAGUAUGAGUGGCGGGAUGGAAAGAUCUCUGGUGGGGCUUUCUCAGGCUCAGACGACAUGUUCACUAACCUCCUAGAGAAGAUAUAUGGCCUCUUUGCCUUCAGUAACCCACUUCAUGCUGACAUCUUCCCUGGUGUGAGGAAGAUGGAGGCAGAGAUUGUCAGGAUGACCAUCUCUCUCUUCCAUGGAACUGAUGAGCAGUGUGGAUGUAUAACAAGUGGUGGAUCUGAGAGUAUCUUGAUGGCAAUGAAGGCAAUGAGAGACUGGAGCCGGGAGGUAAAGGGCGUGGAGAAACCGGAGAUAGUUGCUUGUGUGACAGUCCAUGCAGCUUUUGACAAGUCUGCCUCCUUGCUAGGAAUAAAGAUCAGGAAGGUACCCAUGGACCAUAAUACUUGUAAGGUCAAUAUAGCAGCAAUGCGACAGGCCAUCACCAGCAACACUGUCAUGCUAGUAGCAUCUGCCCCAGAAUUCCCUCAUGGUAUCAUUGAUGAUGUGGAGAAGAUAGGUGCUCUAGGCCAGCAAUACGAUGUACCUGUCCAUGUUGAUUGUUGUAUGGGCGGCUUCAUCCUCCCCUUCAUGGAGGGUGCUGGCUAUCCUCUUCCUCCUUUUGACUUCCGUGUUCCGGGAGUUACCAGUAUUUCCGCUGACACACACAAGUAUGGGAAUGCACCCAAGGGCUCCAGCGUUAUCAUGUACCGGAGUGAGAAGUACCGACACUACCAGUACUUCGUGGUACCUGAUUGGCCUGGUGGUAUCUACGCCUCCCCCACUAUACCGGGGUCACGUGCAGGAGGGUUGGUGGCAGUGUGCUGGGCAGCACUAGUUUACCAUGGGGUUGAUGGCUACACUGAGACAACCCGCAAGAUCAUCACUACUGCUAGGCACAUCAAGAAGCAGCUGAAGUUGAUUCCUGAGAUCCAGUUGUUUGGGGAUCCUCUGACAUCCAUUGUGGCCUUCACCAGCACAAAUGCAGACAUUUUUAAAGUGGGAGACAUUUUGGGUCAGCAUGGGUGGCACCUCACUUUUAUCCAGUAUCCUUCUGGACUACAUAUAUGUUUGACGUCCUUACAAAAUUCUGAUGACUUUGCCGAGCGUUUUGUGACUGAUGUGAAAAAAGCUAUCACGGAAGUGGGAGUCCACCCAGGAGACAGUACUGGUCUUGGGAAGGUGUAUGGUACAGCAGCAGAUAUACCAGAUAAAUUCUUGAUAGGGGAGGCAGCAAAGGUUUUUCUUACAUGCUAUUAUGAGACUGAACCAUCCAAAGAUGAAGAGUUAGAGGAGGUGAAUGACACUGAAGGUGAAGAAACCACAAAGGGAAUAUAACAGACUGGUAAUCCUCCAGCCCAACAACUCCCGCUUUUUCCUACUAGGUAUCCCUGGGUCUGGAAGGUGACAAGCCGAGCCGGGUGAAGUUGGGGGGGAGACCCAGGAUCCAAGAGGCAAGAGGAGCUUGGGGCUGGGCGCCUGGUAUGGUAGUGUUGUGGUGACCUCAGUGGUAAGAUGACGUGUGCACGCGUACUGGCAUUUUGUCUCUCUUUCGUCCUCCUGGCCAGCAUGAGGUGCCAGGAAUGUCGGGACUGUGACCUCAGUGAAUGUUACCCCCUGACCUCCAGUGACUGUCUCUGGGGGAUUCACAAGGAUAGCUGUUUCUGUUGUAAUCGCUGUGCCAAGGGGUUAGGAGAGAGCUGCGGGGGCCGCCUUGAAGAGUUUGGCAAAUGUGGUCCCGGAAUGGGCUGCACCUCACAAGACCCGGAAGGUGAGGGCGUGUGUUCGAUGGCGCUACUCAUGCCCAAGACGGUGCCCAUCAUCUUCCAUCCCCAGAAGAAAACACAACAGUAAUUUUUUUCAUGGUUGGAUGUACCGCGUGUUUGUCGAGAUGUUAAUUUGAUUUAGUAAUGUCAAUUUGUAAAUUUUUCGUUUUACUUCAUCAUGGGAAAAAUUACGCUUUCUUGAAUACACGCCUUUUUAUUGUCAACUGUCACAUAAAAUCUGUAUAAAAAUAC